AUUGGUUGCCUGUGGUGACCUGGCUGGCUGGGGCACUCAAAGGGGACUCCACCAAAGGGAGGCAAGCCAAAGCCUGCCAUUACCACCGAGGCUUUCUGGAACUUGAAUCUACCUAGGCCCCGAGGGAGCCCAUUAUGAAAACACCCGUUUCCGUACACCCCCAACUAACACGCUAAGCAAUUUGUACUCUGCUGAAGAAGGCUGAUGAGGAACUGAAAAGUUUUGACAUUGAGAAGACAGUCACAUGAUUUGGGCAGAGAGUCCCGUCACCUGUGAAUACCGUAGAGAGGAAGACUUUGCGAGUUCGGUUAAGCGCUGUCACCGUUUCGUUCUGAGCAUCAUAUUUAAGAGAAGCCAAGACAAGCCAGGAUGCACCCCGAGGAGUCCUUCAACCAGCUGGUGGUUUUCUAGAAGAUGACCAUAGAGGACCUCCCAGAUAUUCCAUUGGAAGGAAGCUCUCUGAUUGGAAGAUACCCAUUCUUAUUCCCAGGCUCUGACACACCAGUUAUCUUCUCCAUUUCUGCUGCACCGAUGCCUUCGGACUGCGAGUUUUCUUUCUUUGAUCCUAAUGAUGCAUCAUGCCAGGAAAUUCUCUUCGAUCCCAAAACUUCAGUCUCAGAAUUAUUUGCUAUUUUAAGACAGUGGGUCCCUCAGGUCCAGCAGAACAUAGACAUUAUUGGAAAUGAGAUUCUUAAGAGAGGCUGCAAUGUGAAUGAUAGAGAUGGAUUGACGGAUAUGACUCUGUUACAUUACACUUGCAAGUCUGGGGCUCAUGGCAUUGGUGAUAUUGAGACAGCUGCAAAAUUUGCAGCUCAACUUAUUGAUCUGGGAGCAGACGCGAGUUUGCGGAGUCGCUGGACAAACAUGAACGCUUUGCAUUAUGCUUCAUACUUUGAUGUCCCAGAGCUUAUAAGAGUGAUUUUGAAGACAUCAAAACCAAAAGAUGUGGAUGCCACUUGCAGCGACUUUAAUUUUGGGACAGCCCUGCACAUUGCAGCACAUAACUUGUGUGCAGGAGCCGUGAAAACCUUGCUGGAGCUGGGAGCGAACCCUGCCUUUCGGAAUGACAAAGGACAGAUCCCUGCAGAUGUUGUUCCAGACCCAGUGGACAUGCCACUGGAGAUGGCCGAUGCUGCAGCAAUCGCUAAGGAAAUCAAGCAGAUGCUCUUGGAUGCAGUGCCUCUGUCCUGUACCAUCUCUAAGGCCAUGCUUCCAAACUGUGAUCACACCACUAGCAAGGCCAUGCUGACGUCUCUUGGCCUGAAGUUGGGAGACCGUGUUGUCAUCGCUGGACAGAAGGUUGGAACAUUAAGAUUUUGUGGAACAACGGAGUUUGCAAGCGGGCAGUGGGCUGGCAUUGAACUGGAUGAGCCAGAAGGGAAAAACAAUGGCAGUGUUGGGAGAGUCCAGUACUUCAAGUGUGCCCCCAAAUACGGUAUUUUUGCACCCCUUUCAAAGAUAAGUAAAGUAAAAGACGGGAGGAAAAACACCACCCACACUCCUUCCACAAGAGCCACCCUGCACGCCCGCUCCCAGAAGGUUGAUGUAGCCCACGUCACAUCCAAAGUCAAUUCCGGGUCGAUGACAUCUAAAAAAGAGAAUGCUUCUGAAUCCACACUGUCAUUGCCUCCGAGUGAAGAACUGAAAACUGUAGCAGAAAAUGAUGCUACCCAGCCUGGGUCCAUCAGCAGCUCCUCCUCCACGUCCUCCCUGGACCACAAGCAGAGCUACCCAAAGAAGCUGACCACCAACAGCAGUGGCAAGAAGACUCUGAGCAAAAGCCCCUCUCUCCCGCCCAGAGCCAGUGCUGGUUUGAAAUCUUCAGCAACAUCUGCACCAAAUAACACUCACCGUGAGGGAGCGCUCCGCCUUGGAGAAAGGGUGCUGGUGGUAGGCCAGAGAGUGGGGACCAUUAAGUUCUUUGGGACAACAAACUUUGCUCCAGGGCAUUGGUACGGCAUAGAGCUGGAGAAACCCCACGGGAAGAAUGAUGGUUCGGUUGGAGGUGUGCAGUAUUUUAGUUGCUCUCCGAGAUAUGGAAUAUUUGCGCCCCCAUCCAGGGUCCAGAGGCUAUCAGAUUCCCUGGAUACGCUUUCAGAAAUAUCUUCAAAUAAACAAAAUCAUUCUUAUCCUGGUUUUAGGAGAAGUUUCAGCACAACCUCUGCUUCUUCUCAAAAAGAGAUUAACAGGAGAAAUGCUUUUGCCAAGACCAAGACCACCCUGCGCCGCAGCUGGAGCAGUUCCACCACGGCGGGUGGUCUGGAGGGGACCGCGAAGCUCCACGAGGGGUCUCAGGUCCUGCUCACGAGCUCUAACGAAAUGGCUACGGUUAGGUAUGUGGGUCCCACGGACUUUGCCUCGGGCAUCUGGCUUGGACUGGAGCUCCGAAGUGCCAAGGGGAAAAAUGAUGGUGCCGUGGGUGACAAGCGCUAUUUCACCUGUAAGCCAAACUACGGAGUGCUGGUUAGACCAAGCCGAGUGACCUACAGAGGGAUUAGUGGGUCAAAGCUCAUCGAUGAGAGUUGUUGAGUUCACUGUCUAAAGCGUUAAGCUCCUCUGAAUAUGUAUAUGUGCUAGAUAAAAAUAGGGUCUAGGGCGAAGGGUUUACUUUACUUAGCUAUUAUGUGAAAGCUGAAAAUAGAGAAUUUUCAUAAACAUCUCUAAAGGAAUACAAGUAUGAACUUUGAGGGUCAUGGUUCUUUUGAAAAUAAUUUCAGAAUAGGCACUUU